GUCCUGAGGAAUGUAACUGCCCAUCUAACAACGUCUUGUUGGCCAUAAUUGGGGUUCUUGCUUUCACAAUCCUUCUUCUAAUUAUUUACAUAAUCUGGCUACAUAAGAAAGGUAGGUAAAAUAUUCAUAAUCUAUGAUAGAGGGUUUGGCUGCAAGAUUCAUUUUUAUACAAAAGCAAAUUUUGACCUACAUCCACAUCAUUUGUCUUUUUUUCCUUUCGUUCUUUUUCAGGCGCUCUUGGGAAACAGAGGUAAGAAUUUGCUGCCACUUGGAUUGUGUCGAUGUAAUGUGCUAGAUAUGGUUUCAUCUUAACUCAAAAUUCCACUUAAAGCUAAUGAAAUUCUCAGCUUUUUAUAAAUAUUCAUAUGCUUUCUCAAUUGUAGGACUUAUGAAGAUGAAAGAGGUGUUUACGACGUAAGUAACAGCUAAGACACUGAGGUCGUGUUAAUGUGGCCAGAAACUAUGUAAUCUCUACUUUAUAUAAGAAAUAAAUGCUUGCAGAAAAUGAGAAGGAAAGAAGGUGUAGUUCUACAAAAAAAAAAAGCAUAUUGCAUUAGUGGAAGAUACAAUGAAAUAGGGGAGGAAGUAAGACUCGAUAAGGCCUCUGUCCUAGAAUCAUGUCCUUUACCAAGAUACUCCAUGGAUUUUCCUUCGGUUGUCCCUGGUUCAACUGCGUGGCUUCACUUCAUAGAUCGCUAACUGGUCUGCACCCAGCUGAUAUUUGCUUUCUAAAUAAUUGUUUUUUCGCAUUUUUGGCUGUCUUAUUUUCUUGACGCCAUAUAUUCAAGACGUAAGUCUAGCAGCUGAGUACAGCAAGAGUUUUUUUGUGCGUGUAUUUGUCAAAAAAUUGCAAUACAAAUCAACAAUCUUCAUGUUGCAGUUUGUAGCUUCGACAAAUAUGUUAUGAACCUCGAUCACUGGACAUGAUAGUUUCAAAAGCAGAGAACAAAAUGUUAGUAAUAAUAAGGAAAAGAAAUUAUAAACCAUUUGUAAUAUUUUGUCAUGCAAGAAUGUAAAGGCUUGUGUGAUGAAAAUGGGUAAACUGAUUUUUAUAACCAUGUGAAACUUUUUACUGGGAUUGAUAACAGAUUUUUGUAUGAAUACCUUAACGGUAUGUUGGUUUAAUAGAAUGAAACAGGAUUAGUAGAUAUCGAACCAAGUCAGCCCGAUUCAAGGAAACUCACUCAGCCUCCUGCGGAAUACAUGGAUCUCAUAGAAGUCAACAAAGAUAAUAGAAAAGCACAAAGAACAGCUCCAGGUGCUGAUUACGUGCCUCUUCAUCCGUUAACACGCUGCUGGGAAGUUCCAAGACAUCACGUGACCAUAGAAAAAUCAUUGGUAAAGAUGCUUUUGGUCAGGUUGCCAAGGGAACAGCUGUAGGGCUUAGAGGGAGUCCUGAAACGACCACAGUGGCUAUUAAAAUGCUGAAAAGUGAGCUUUUGUACCGUUAAUUGAAUGACAGUCGUGGCCUACAGUAAUUCAGGAAAUGUUACCGGGUUACCGUAUAAUUUUAGCUAUUUUCCAUUUCAUAUGUAUGUAAUUAUUUCGGCAUUUCGCAUAAUCUUCCCUUUAACCAAAUUUUACUCCUUGUUUUUAAUGCUCCAGCAAACGCUACUGAAUCGGACAAGAGAGAUUUGAUGAAAGAACUUGACACAAUGAAACAGCGGAAACCACAUCCUUACGUCAUUAAACUUCUGGGAUGUGUCACAGAAUCUGGUAUGCUUUGGUUAUGCGGGUCUAAUUUUGUUGUACACAUUUUGCUUAUGAUUAACUCUUUAACGCUUUCUUGUCGUUGAUAAUUUACUUUAAUGGAAGAGUCACUGCUUCACAAUGAAGCACAACAAACAACCAUUGUAUAAGAUAAUUUUAUCUUUUUUUAGCCAACAUGGACGCUCCUGGAUUCACUGUUUCGAGCAGAAACGCGUUUUGUGACGGAAUAUUUGGUCUGUACCUUCGUAUGAGACCGUUACAUAUUAUUUCACCAUCUCUUCCUAAAACUACAUCUUGUUUUCGUGCGAUUUCUUCGAAAGUAUUGACCAUGACUGGGCUAUUCAUUUAUUUUAUUUAUUACUAAUUUUUUUUAGAGAGUAAUGUAUAAAUUAAACUGCUUAAUUUCUUCAGAACAUCUGUUGGUUUUGAUUGAAUAUGUGCCUUUUGGGGAUCUGCUGGGUUAUCUGAGAAAGAGCCGUGGAUUAAAAGACACUUAUUACAAAGACCCGGAUAUCAAACCACAAACAAAUCUGACGUCACAGCAGCUGAUGAAGUUUGCUUGGCAAAUUGCUGAUGGAAUGAGUUACUUGUCCUCAAAAUCUGUAGGUCAAUUAAAAUAAAAACGCAAAAGACAAAUAAUUCUAAAGCCUUCUUAUAGGGUUAUCGUCAUGUUGAACUUUGUCUUGCAUAGAAUGUAAUGUCUUCACUUGAUCACGCCCGGGAGAUGCAAACGUAUUCUUACCGUGUUGUUGACGCUAUUUUUUUUAGGGCGGGAACCCUCACAAUCUUGACGUCAUCAUCUAAGUUUUACUUUAAUGUGCGAAUGGCGAUAUUUGUGCAUCGUUGCAAGUACACCCCAUUAAAAUAAAAUAUCUGAGUUUCUCUCGUGUACGCAAAGGCAGAGACGUGAAUGAAUAGGAUCUUUUGAGACAUUCAGCCUAAACUAAGUGUACAACAAAUAUCCAUUUUAGUGACAAAAAAGAAAAGGAAUUAAAACUUGAAAUUUAAAAAUUCGUCUUUGGUCGUUAAAUUGCUACACUAGAUAAUCCUAUUUAGAUUAAAAACUUAAGAUACGCGUUCUAUGAAAUAACUACGAAUUGCGCGAGUAAAGUAGUUUGCUUCUCUUUGGAAUAUCAGGCAGUAAUUAUAAUAAAUUAAUUUUCUGCCCUCUGGAAGAAAGAGAGAUACGUACACCACAUUAUGUUGCUAAACAUUUCUAUUUUCCUUCUUGAACCAUUUCAUUUCAGUCCUUUUUCUUCUGCAAUCGCUAAUUUUUGCCGUUGCACCAAUUCUUUCUUAGAUCAUUCACCGAGACCUUGCGGCCCGCAAUGUGUUGGUUGGACAAAAGGAAACGUGUAAAGUGACAGACUUUGGAAUGGCCAGAGAAGUGCAGCAGGAAAAUAUUUAUGAACGAAAGACUAAGGUAAUCAAGAAAGAGGGGAGGUGAGGGCGUUACUACAUAUCGUUCAGUUAAGUGAUCUUUCACAAUCAUUGUUGUGGUAAAGCUGAUAUAUUCCUGAUUUCGAUCAUGAAUUCCUUGGGACCCUAAUGAAACUAUCAGCCAUGCGUAUACGAGUACAACUUUAAAUAUCACUGUCUUUGACUAGUCGCUUCAUAUAAUUUUUGAGCUGAUUCACAAAGUGAUAUUUACAAUCUUUAGGGCCGUCUUCCCGUGAAGUGGACAGCUUAUGAGGCCUUGUUUUAUGGUAAAUAUACCACCAAAAGUGACGUGUAAGUAUACCCGAUUACUACCUUUAGCAAUUUUCCAACAAGUUUUAUCAAUUUUAAUCAGGACAUGACUUUUAUGCUUUGUCAAAGAAUACAUAUAUUUUAGUUGUCGCAUAUAAUGUUAAUGUCUUCAGCCACCUAAUUUAUAUUUGUUUGAUUUGUCAUUCUACAGAUGGAGUUAUGGAGUUUUGCUGUACGAGAUUUUUACCGUAGGUAACAUCGAAUGGAAGUUUAUGAGGAUUUUCUGUAUAUUUACAAUGUAUCGUGUUCGGUUGGACAAACGUAAUGAGCUUCCCCAUGCAACCUCAAACUCCGUCACUGACACAGGUGGUGUUUCAAUGAAGGUCUGUCUUUCGUCACAUUCAUAUUUGGAUUGUCUUAUGGUUCUUCCAGGCGGUUCGCCUUACCCACGAAUGGAUGGAAGAAAAAUUGCCAACGUACUUCAGGAUGGAUACAGGAUGCCUAAACCACAACACGUCGAUGAAAAAUUGUAAGUUUUCUUUGUUAACUCGUUCUCCCUCGUCGUAAAGGGAAACGUUCUUUAAAUCUUUAACUUAUCAUUUGAACAAUACUAGGUAUCAGAUCAUGAUGAAAUGCUGAAAGAAUGACCCGGAUGCAAGACCAACUUUCACUAAAUUGAAAAAUCAGCUUAAGGACAUGGAAACCCCACACAAGGUCAGAAUUUUGAUCAAUAUGAAAGUUUCUUUUCACGAAGGACCGACUGGCUCAGGCUCAGCUAAUUAGGGUUAAACAGCAUUGAGCCUUAAUAGCGUAAUAAUAUGUACUCAUCUCUGUAAUUUUACGAAGUUUGGAUCGCAUCCUCUUGUUAUGUCACUGAAGCUAGCACUCCACGAAAAACAGCAAAGAAGCUAGAAUGUCUCAAUGACAAUUAACACUUCAUGGUUAUUUAAAAGAUCAUAGGAUGAUUGCAAAACUGCAUUGAGACGCACAAAGAGUAGCAGACGACGACGCCAUGAAAUACUUUCUCCUUGAAUUUGUUUUCAAGUUGGUGUGAAAAGCUGACUUCUUUUGAGGAUAAGCGCUUUUCACGUAAGAGAAAUACUUUUUUAAUGUUGCUGACUAUUAUAUUAUUUUCCUUUGCAGAAGCUGAUCAACAUGACAAUGUAUGACAAGCAGCUGUAUGCAAACGUCGAAGAUUUAAUGGUGUAGUUAGAUACAUGUCCCCGGUGUAUGACACAACAAGUUUCAGGGAUAAUCAUCUAUUCCUUACACGCUUGCUUGCUAGCCAUGUUGUGUUAAUCAGUUAGGCUGGAACGUUGUAAUACAAUUGACUUUAUAUUCUUAAAGCUGAAACGAAGUUACAAGUUUACCAAUAAAGUAUACUCUCAUUUUCUCUUUAACAUAUUAAGUACUUACAUGUAUGCCUCGACACAAGCAUUUGAGUGCAGUUUAUUUUCUGGCUCAAUUCUGAAAGGCAGUACAGCGCGGAAAAAAAUCCAAUGAUGAGAUCUCGCACUGAAAGCUAUAGUUGUGUUCAAUUUCAAUAAAUUGCUAAAAAAAAUUUUGCCGCAAAACCCGCUUGUUUGCAGAAAAGCUAUAGUGCGCAUAAAUUGCUUUCCCUAAGACUGCCUUUACCUGCGAUACCAACUCGAAAUACUUUUACACUGAAAGUAUUAGUAAAAUUAACGGUAUUCUAAUCAAAAUUAUACUUGGCACAUUAUUUCUGCGAGAAAGUUUGUUGUUCGGCCUAAUAGGCCGAUAGUUUUCGCG